UAUAUGUAAGAGCUGGCACGUCCGGUCAACCAUAAUAGCGAUUUUUCUUUAAUAGAUUUGGCAAUACGGACUUCCUUUGCCUUUGUAAUUCUGUUCCGGCUUGGUGCCUAUGCUUCGUUCAAUCACGUAAAAACAAACUGCGAAACCGAAAGAGAUGAGUGACCAAGACCGUAAGCCGUCACCUCCUAAUUCAGUGCUACUGCAAGGCUUUGAAUGGAAUGUUCCUGCAGACCAAAAGCAUUACAAACGGCUUCUCUCCUCUAUUGAGAGUCUUAAAUCCAUAGGCAUUGAUAAUAUCUGGCUUCCACCCGGAUGUAAAGCUUCAAGUCCAGAGGGUAACGGUUACGAUAUUUAUGAUCUUUAUGAUGUCGGCGAAUUUGAGCAGAAGGGUAGUACGGCAACUAAAUGGGGUUCAAAAGAUGAUCUCCUCGCUCUGAGUCAGAAAGCAAGGGAGAUUGGCGUGGGAUUGUACUGGGAUGCUGUCUUAAAUCAUAAGGCUGGAGCGGACAACAAGGAGAAGUGUCUGGCUGUGGAAGUUGAUGAGAACGAUCGCACGAAGGAAGUCGGGGAGCCGUACGAAAUUGAGGCUUGGCUAGGCUUUGAUUUUCCUGGACGAGGGAAGAAGUACAGUGAGCUAAAAUGGCACUGGUAUCAUUUCAGCGGGACGGACUGGAACGCAGCGACCGAGAAGAAAGCCGUUUAUAAGAUAGUUGGUGAAAACAAGAGGUGGUCCGAGUCUGUUGGCAAGGAGAAUGGAAAUGCUGAUUACAUGAUGUUUGCCGAUAUCGAUUACCACCAUGAUGAAGUCAUCGCUGAUGUCAAAAACUGGGGUGUGUGGAUUACGAAAGAAGUCGGCCUUAAAGGUUUCCGACUUGAUGCCGUGCAGCACUUUAGCGAACGUUUUACCGCCGACUUUGUCGAGAAUAUCCGGAAGGAGUGCGGAUCUGACAUCUUCUUCGUUGGUGAGUAUUGGACAGGAAAUACACAAGAACUGCUCGAUUGGCUUGAGGUCAUGCAGCACAAGUUUUCUCUUUUCGAUGCUCCUCUUCUCUACAACUUCAGCAACAUAAGCACGAGUGAGGGUGGAGAUCUGAGAAAGGUGUUCGAUAACAGCCUGGUAGCGGCAGAGCCGUAUAAUGCCGUGACUGUUGUCAUGAACCAUGACACGCAACCGGGACAAACUGUCGCAACACCUAUAGAAACUUUCUUCAAGCCUCUGGCCUACUCCCUGAUCUUACUUCGAAGUCAAGGAUAUCCGUCUGUAUUCUGGGGCGAUCUUUACGGGCUUCUCGGACGAGGAAAAGAUGCACCGAAGGAAGAACCGAUAGCUAAACUUCCCGACAUCUUACUUGCACGUUCGCUGUAUGCCUAUGGCGAACAGAACGACUACUUUGAAGAGCCCAACUGCAUUGGCUGGGUACGACGUGGGACAUGGGACCAUCCUGCUGGCUGCGCAGUAGUCAUGUCAAAUGCAGACAUCGGGGAGAGGAGGAUGAAUGUGGGGGAUCUCCACAGAGGUCAGAUUUGGACGGAUGUGCUUGGAUGGUCCGAUCGCGAGGUUCAGAUCGACGAUGAAGGAUGGGGAGUCUUUCCCUGUGGUGGCUUGAGCGUGAGUAUUUUCGUUAGGAAAGAUGCUGAAGGGCGCGAUAGAUUCCCUGUUCAGUUUGAUGCCAAGAUUUUUGAUUGAAGUCCGACUAUUACCGGAAUUCGAGGAUCGAAAAUGACAGUUAGAACGCAAUUAUAUUUUAAAUGCGAUGAACUAUUGAUACGUGAUCCGGUGACCAAUGACCGGCUACAG